AUGGCGGUGGCACAAACAUACAGGGUCACAGUGGUGCGGAACCAGGACUCCACCCUGGCCGCGCAGUUCCAGGCAGGAGCCACCAACACGCAGGGGCAGCUGAACCAGCAGGUGGCGCAGACCACACAGGCCCAGCAGGCCCAGCAAAACCAGCAGAACCAGCAGAACCAGCAGAACCAGCAGUUGGUGCAGAACACCCAGAACAACCAGCAGGCGCAGCAGCAGCAGGCGUCCAUCGUGCAGCAGCAGGCCCUGGGCGGGUGGUACGGCGCCAGCGCGCUGCAGGGCACGGACUGGCGCAGCGCGUACGCCAACGGCGCCGCGGCGCCCGCGGGCUCGCUGUCGGUGGCGGGCGCUCCGGCGCCGGCGCCCGCACCCGCCGGGUCUAUCCUCCUGAAGCUGCGCAACAAGUGUGCGGGUGCACCCCUGGACGCCCUGGUCCACCUGCGCGACGCCAAGGCAGGCGACUGGCGCACGGCCGGCUUCAUCACCGUGGCGCCGGGCUUCACGGCGGACGUGGGGCGCACCAAUAACCGCAUCGUGUACGUGUACGGACAGCAGCGCGGCGGCCGGGCCUGCGAGGCGGGCAGCCGCUGCUGGCAGGGAAAGGCGGGGCCGUGGCCCUUCAAUGGGAAAGACUAUGGGUUUCAGGAGGUCCGCAUGCCACCCAGCACCGGCUCCAGCUACGUGUACACCUUCCAGUGCUGA